AUGGCCGAGACUGACCCCAAGGCCAUGCAGGAUCUCACCUCGGUGGUGCAGACACCCCUGCAACAGAUGCAAGAUAAAUUUCAGACCACGUCCGACCAGAUCAUUGGAAGAAUUGAUGACAUGAGCAGUCGCAUUGAUGACCUGGAGAAAAAUACCACAGACCUCAUGACACAGGCUGGGGUGGAAGAGCUGGACGGUGAAAACAAGAUCUCUGCCACACAGAAGAGUUGA